AUGGGUUUCGGUAGAGGACUAAAUGUUGGAUACGGAGGAGCGAUUUAUGUAGAUCAAUCUCAAUUAUUAUUAAUGGACUCUAAGUUUACAGUAAAUUCUGCAACUACUGGCGGAGCCAUUGCGAUGAACGGUAAUGAUGCUUUAUUCACAUCGAAUAACUUUAGUGAAAACCAUGCGUAUAUUAAAGGCGGAGCAAUAUUUAUGAACAGCGGAAAAUUUUUAUUAUAUAAUCAAAAAUUUCUAAGGAACAAAGCUGAUUCCAAUGCAGGAGCUAUCUUUGCCAAUAAUUGUACAGAAUUAUAUCUAGAAAAUACAUUAUUCCAAGAAUCCACAGCUCUAAUCCAAGGUGGUGCUGUCGAAGUCAUUUCAUCAUCAGCAUCCUUUAUUAAUUGUAUAUUUAAGCAAAAUAGUGCUGGUGAUUAUACACAGUACGUUGGAUAUAAUGGCUCAAAUGUACCAAAAUUAGGAAUGAGGUUUACAGGAAGAGCUUGUGCAUGCAUAUCAGCUAUUAAAUGCUCAAGUAUAAUUACAGAUGGAUGUGAAUUUCUCUUAAAUGAAAUGAAUUACGGAUUUUUAAAAUCAAUUCAAUUAAACUCACAAGGUGGCGGUCUUGGUGUUAAUAUAAUGCUUCAAGACUGUACUUUUUGGCAGUCAACUUCAGAUUGCUUCCUAAAUAAUAAUCACUAUUUUAUUUAUGGCGAUACCAAGGCAACGUAUCAAAUUACUGGCACAACUAAUAAAUGUAUGCCUCAAAAUAUCAUCAAAAGUGCAAACAGCGAAGAUAAUGCAAUUCCAAAAUUAUUAACCAUCGGAGUUACUGAUUCUGUUCCAGAUCCAACACCAUAUACAUAUGCUGCUACACCAAUAACUAAAUUAACGUCACCUCUCAGUGAUCGUAAGUAUUCUACUCUUAAUUUAACUUAUUCAACAAAAACUCCGAACCCAACAUUGGCAGAUGUACAGCCAAAUCCAACAGAAGAGAAAGUAAGCAAAGUUACUCCUGGCCCCACACCUGAUCCCACGAGAACAUUGAACCAAAAAGAAACUUUUAAAGUUACAACAACGAAUAUUACAACUUUUUCAACAAUACAGACAAAUAUAACAACUAUUGUUUAUACAUAUACGACAACAACAAUAAGAAUAUAUGUAAACAACACAAUUAUUGAAAUAUCAACAGUUACAGAAUCAGAAAGUACGCUUUCAAACACUAUUAUUCUAACAAAUUCAUCUGUUUUCUCUGAAACAGUUGUCUUCACUCAAUCAUCAACUUUACAAAUCAUUUAUACCUUUUUAGAAACAUAUAUUCAGACAGAAACAGAUGUAAUUAUUAUUGUUCCUGGAAAUGAAGACGUGGGAAAGAGUAAAACAUCAGCAUCAGAAGUUAUUCUCAUUUCCACACUAAGUAUUGGUUCUGCUUUUAUUCUUGCUGGCAUUGGAUUGUUCUUGUACAGAAAGAACAAACAAGCACUAAAAGAAGAGGACUCAGAAACAAAUUCAAUAGAUGAACUCACAAUGCAAGAAGAAAUCGGAUCUGCUCAAAUGAUUGAAAAGAUUGAUGAACCUAUUGAAGGCGCUGAUGAAGCGGGAACUAGUUUAGAUUUUUAA